AGGAGGAGGAGGGAGGGGUCAGGGUGAAGGACAGGUGGAGCAGGUGGAGCCUCUCCCCGCCCCCUCGGUGACCCUGGAGCCCUCCCCCUCCUCCCCCCAGCAGGACCCCCGCUGGACUCCUCUGGAGGACAUGGAAGUUUUUUCUCCUGAUGACGACUCUGCAGAGAGGAGCACCGCUAGACCCCCACCUGGACCCCCACCUGGACCCCCACCUGGACCGCCCCUCAGCCCCACAGGGUCCUCAGGUCGUCGCUCCUCGGCCUCCAUGCUCCACCGUCUCCUGACUCUGCCGUCUCAGCUGCUGGAAGAGGACGAGGACGCCGCCGGUAAAGAAACGCUUGCUGCUCUGGCGACCGAUGGCGCCAACGACUGCCGAGACGGCAUCGAACCGCCGGGCCAGACCUGCCCGUCACCCCUGACGACCAGGGAGGAGGAUGAGGAAGAGGAGGAGGAGGAGGAGGACAAAGGGAGGAAGAAGAAGAGGCGGAGGGUUUGGUCGGAAUGUGAGGAGUGUGGGCGGAGGUUCAGUCGGAUGUCCCUCCUGAAGGCUCACCGUCAGACUCACGUUGCCGAGAACGCGGCCGCUGAAGCCUCGUCGCCCUCGUCCCCGCCCGGCAGCGCCGGUCACCGCUCCCGCUUUACACUGCUCAGAGUGCGGCAAGAGGUUCUCCUCGGCGACCCGCCUCCACAGCCACAUCCGGACCCAGCACUCUGCGAACCGGUCCUGAAACCUCAGCAGGUCUCCCUGGGGCUGAACUGGAAACAGAAACAGGAUCAUCAGAGACCGACAGAAGCUGAAACCAGAGGAGUUGCAGACCUGAGAUCAGAUCAGAACCAGAGCUGGAAACAAAGCAAAUAAAACGACUCAUCUGAAGUGACCUUCACUGUUCUCAGAUGAAGCUCAAAGGUGAAGACGGAACAACGAACAGGGGUAGACCGAUUUUAGUUCCUUAAAGAAACCUAGAACAGGCAGUUGGUCCUUUUAUAGAAGAAGCUUUUAGACAUUUACUUAUAACUACUGAGCGACUUCAGUAUCUCCCAGUUGUGACUUCUUAGUCUUGUAAAUAUGAAAUCCAUAUUACAAUUGCAAAAAAAAAUUGCGUGAAUAUAAGAUUUUGUAAUUACUGGAUGUUUAUGCCACAAGAAGUCAUAAUUAUGAGAAACUGAAAACAUUAGCGUGAAAUAAAUAAGUCGUGUCUAAUUUCUUUUUCUUUUAAUUGAUGCAGUGUAACUUUUUAUUUAUAUAUAAAAAAAAAAUCCCCAUUAAUCACAUUUUAAAAUUUUUCUUUUCGUGGUUGCUCAGAUUUUAACAUCGUAAAUUAGGUUUUCACACAAACAAAAAAUGUGAACUUAUAAUAACAAAAUAGCGAUACCAGGUUUAAGGUACAGACCAGGAUUUCAAAACAGGGAUAAUAACAAAUGCUGUGUCUCACUUCGUGUACAUUUUAGGUGGUCGCCAUCUUGGCUACAUAACUGGAGGGA